UCUGCAACAACCCUUUCAGUGUUCGUGUAACCGUUUCAGUUGGCUAUACAUUUGAAAGAAAAGCACCGGCACAUUCAGGCAGAGCGUGCCAUUGGCGUUGCAUAUUGCUUUUAAGCAAUUUUGAGUCAUAAGAAAUUGAUCACAAUGGGAAGUCCCUUACGCAGUGGAAAAAUCAGAAAGUCUAAUGAGACAAUGAGGUUCACUGUAACAGUUUUUCUUGGAGUUGUUUUUGGCUUCCUUCUGGGAAUUUCGUUUCCAACACUCUCAUUAGCUAAGAUAAAUCUCCCCUCUGGCCUUUUCCCAUCAAUUGAUCUCACAAAGAUUGAGGACGACGAUUAUUCAACUAUUUCAACCAAGGGAAUUUGGGAUGCAUGGGUUUCUUUUAGCCGCGACAGAAGCAAUUUCAAUGGAAUUCAAAAAUAUGACGAGGCCAAUAUAUGGGUUCCCACAAAUCCUCGAGGGGCUGAAAGGUUACCCCCCGAUAUAGUCAGACCCGAGUCAGAUCUUCAUCUUCGUCGGUUAUGGGGUCCGCCCGUGGAGGACCUAAUCAUCGAACCAAGGUACCUUGUAACUUUCACUGUUGGUUAUGGUCAGAAAGACAAUGUUGAUGCUGCAGUGAAAAAGUUCUCCAAGAACUUCACUAUUGUUUUGUUUCACUAUGACGGUCGGACUAGUGAGUGGGACCAGUUUGAAUGGUCAAAACGGGCAAUCCAUAUAAGUGCUCCGAAGCAAUCUAAAUGGUGGUUUGCUAAACGCUUUCUGCAUCCUGACAUCGUGGCACCCUAUGACUACAUCUUCAUUUGGGACGAGGAUCUGGGCGUGGAGCAUUUUGAUGCAGAGGAGUACCUGAAAAUGGUUAGGAAACAUGGUUUAGAGGUCUCACAGCCUGGUCUAGAGCCGGAUAGGGAUAUAACGUGGCAGAUGACAAAGAGAAGAGAUGAUGGCGAAGUCCACAAGGAUGCUGUGGAGCGAGAUGGUUGGUGUCCCGAUCCGCAUUUGCCACCCUGUGCUGCAUUUGUCGAGAUCAUGGCGCCUGUAUUCUCCAGGGAUGCAUGGCGCUGUGUGUGGCAUAUGAUACAGAAUGACCUAAUUCAUGGAUGGGGUAUUGAUUUCGCUCUCAGAAGAUGUGUGGAGCCUCCCCAUCAGAAAAUAGGAGUUGUAGAUACUCAAUGGAUUGUCCAUCAGGGCAUUCCUUCACUUGGGGACCAGGGGCAGGCACAGGACGGGAAGGCACCAUGGGAAGGGGUGAGAGAGAGGUGUCAUGCAGAAUGGGCAAUAUUCAGAGACAGAAUGAUCAAUGCAGAGAUGGACUAUUUUCAGGCAUUGCAAACUGGUUUCUCUAACUCCUCAGCUGGGUAGGGUCACUUACCAAUGUCCUAACAAACAAAGUGAGUUUAGCUUUUUAGAAUUUCUACUGGGUAGUCAUUCUUGGCUUGACCUGGUAGCUUGAGCAGCAAUUUUUAGGGAUUCCCUAGUGCACUCUUACA